CAUGCAACCAAGAACUCUGACAAGCAAAUCGGCCCGCACGCUACAUUAUACCACCAUAAAUGGGUCUCGGCUGUAAACAUGGCUCCAUUGGAUGCCGUUAUCUAAAGUCAAUGUGGAUAGCUCCCUGCAGCUACGAGGUUCCUAGCUCACCAUUGCAUCACCACAUGUAUGUGGCCGGAUCCGACUCCUUCCUUAAGCUUUGAAGCUGAGUAACAUUCAACCUGGUUCGAGAAGCUUGAAGAGAGGCAUUCAAAUACAUCCAUAUCCUGCUUCGUUUUCCAGUUUAGUAGCAUGCAGCAAAGAAUCACAUAAUAACCUACAACUUCUAUCAUCUUCAACAUUGACUGUCCAAGUUCAAACUUACUUAUCCGACGACAUAAUCGUUAUUCCUCAUCAACAUGGGCGAAAAGUCUUUAGAUAUUCGCACGAACAGCCUUACGAAGCCCGUCGACGUGGCUGAGUAUCUCUUUGCCCGCCUGCAUCAGAUUGGUGUGCGUUCAGUCCACGGUCUACCUGGCGACUACAACUUGGUCGCUUUGGAUUACUUGCCCAGCGCUGGUCUGAAAUGGGUCGGCAGUGUAAAUGAGCUCAACGCCUCAUACGCAGCAGAUGGCUAUGCCCGCAUCAAGGGCAUCUCAGCCCUGAUCACCACCUUCGGAGUUGGUGAACUCUCAGCACUCAAUGGUAUUGCCGGCGCCUACAGUGAAAUGGUGCCCAUCGUGCACAUUGUAGGCUGCCCCAGCACUGUCUCACAGCGUAACGGCAUGCUUCUGCAUCAUACGCUCGGCAAUGGAGAUUUCAGUGUGUUCUCGGAGAUGUCGAAGUCCGUGUCAGUCGAAAUAGCCAAACUCAACAACCCUGCAGAGAUCGCCGCGCAGAUUGACCAUGCACUCCGCGAAUGUUACCUCAAGUCCCGCCCCGUAUACAUCAUGUGGCCUACGGACAUGGUGACUAUUAAGGUAGAGGGCGCACGGCUGGACACACCAAUCGAUCUGGAGGAAGCCAAGAACGAGGUAGAGCGCGAGGAUUACGUGGUGGACGUUAUCCUGAAGUACCUACACCAGGCCAAGAACCCAGUGCUUCUGGUCGAUGCGUGCGCUAUCCGCCACCGCGUCCUCAACGAGGUACACGCCCUGAUCGAGAAGACACAGAUUCCUGUCUUCGUUACACCCAUGGGCAAGGGCGCCAUCAACGAGACACAUGAGGCAUUCGGUGGUGUUUAUGCAGGCACUGCGUCGCAUCCGUUUGUGAAGGAGGCAGUCGAGAGCUCCGAUCUUGUUCUUACUGUGGGCGCGUUGAAGAGUGAUUUCAACACCGCCGGCUUCAGUUACCGCCUUAGUCAGCUCAACACAGUGGAUUUCCACAGCACAUACUGCUCUGUUAGAUACAGCGAGUAUCCCGGUGUCAAAAUGCGCGGUGUUCUCAGGAAGGUCGCCGAGAGAGUCGAUCUCAGCCAGUUGACGGUGCAGAAGGCUCCUAAGCCCCCCGUGACGGUCGCAAAGGCAGUAGGGGACAAUGGACCUAUUCUGCAGGAGUGGAUUUGGCCCCGCAUUUCAGGCUUCCUCAGAGAUGACGAUAUCGUGGUUACUGAGACUGGCACUGCCAACUUCGGUAUCUGGGAUACGAAGUUCCCCAAGGGAGUCACAGGACUGAACCAGACCCUGUGGGGAUCCAUUGGUUGGGCCGUCGGUGCUUGGCAAGGUGCCGCACUAGGUGCGAAGGAUGCUGGACAGAACAGAAGGACGAUUCUGUUCGAGGGUGACGGCAGUUUCCAACUUACGGCCCAGGAGUUGAGCACAGUGAUCCGACACCAACUGGACGCGAUCAUCUUCGUCAUCUGCAACGACGGCUAUACCAUCGAGCGUUUCAUCCAUGGUAUGGAGGCAGAGUACAACGAUAUUGUGCAAUGGGACUACAAGCAGCUUGUCACCGUUUUCAGCGGCGGCGCUGAGCAGGAGAAGAAGAGCGGUGCGAAGAAAUAUGUGGUCAAGACCAAGGAUGAUGUUGAGAAGCUAUUUGCGGAUCAAGACUUCAAUGAACGCAAGGGGCUUCGGUUCGUCGAGCUAUAUAUGCCCAAGGAUGAUGCACCGCGGAGCUUGAAGACAACGGCAGAGGCUAGUGCAAGGAACAACGCCAAGACUGAGUAAAGUGGAAAAUAAAAUGAGGGUAUAGAAGGUUUGAUAAUCCAAUAGAUAAAUUAGAGUUCAACUUUGUGGAAAAUAGAUAAUGGAAUACAUGUUCCCGAUCAAA